AUGAUACAUCUUCUCUCAUGGCUCCCUCCUGUACCACCCAUUUGGCUUCAACCUGUCAAAAUGCUGAAUGGAAUCAUGCUGUUCUCUAUCAAUGCCCUCACUGUAACAGGAAAUUUCAGAAAACUGGUUUCAAGCAGCACAAGUAUGAAGAGAAACAACAAGCGCAGGCAGACCCAAUGUAAUGGUUUCUGGCUUCAAUUAUUAACUCAGCUGCCCACCAUCAAGCUGCGAGAGCAUUGGUACUCAAAUCGCAGCCUCGAGUGUCUGAAGCUCACUGCACAGAUACAGGAUAUUUUUUCGUUGAUGAACCCAUCUUACAAAGAGUUCCGUGUUCACAGUGAGAAGUCCCCAUCCCCAGUUGACAAAACACCUUGGUCCCCAUUUCGCACAUUGGGUGACUUCAAGUUUGUGGAAAUUGCACUCGCUUCACUACUCAACCAGCAACAGGUCAAUGCCCUGCUGGAUCUCUUUGCUCAUGUCACACAGGGAGCUGUCCAAGUCAUGCUCAAGAAUGAUGCCAAACUUCACAAAUUCUCCAGGGUCAAAGUUAAGGUACCAUACAAAAAGGAAGAAUGCACAACAGCAUUGAGUAUGAACAUUUUUAUGAUGAGCCCUGCAUCAGAGAUUAUUGGUGGGAUAUUCAAGCUAAGAACAUUUCAGGUCCCCGAAGAUGCUGAAGAAGAGGGAAAGCUAGGCUACACAACCCUCAAGCAUGUCAUUUGGCACAAAUCUAUUAAAAAGUUACUUCUGGAGAUUGAGCAGUACUCAAAGACUGGAUGCAUGAUGGCACUCACUUGUGGUCACAGUGGCAAAUGCCCUUGCCCUAAUGUGUUCUGGCUGAUUGGGUUUUCUGAUCUCCACCUUGCCUGCAGCUUUGAUCGACUGCAUUAUGGGCAUGGUUUUUGGGGCAAGCAUGUCUUUGGGGACCUAAAGAUUGAAGCUGAUGUCGAGAAGUAUGUUGCAAGUUUUCCUUGCUGGCAAAACCUCACACACUUCAACCAAGUUAUUCAUGUCACUUUUUCAGAUGGUAACAAGCUGGCUGAUAUCUCCAAGCAAAUCUUCUACAUGGGGAUCAAUGUUUUGAAGAAGAGUAUAACCCCUGAAGGCCUUGUUGGCUUAGAUAUCCAGACUGAAUGUAUGGUUAACAUGAUCAACAACAAAAUAUUGACAUUUGAUCAGACACUGAAGGUCCACCUCUGGAAGCACAUCAUUCGAGAUAUCUGCCUAAAGGGUGCCACACACAACUAUAGCACUCGGCCCAACAAAAGUAUGCAUAAGCCAAUCCGAGAUGCAUAUGAACACUGUUUGAAUGGCAGAGAUGUUCCUGCUCAGGUAGAUCAUCAAGUUCUUUCUAUGAAGCUUCUCAGAUUGUGUGUUGAUCACCUUGAGAAAUCUGUCUCUGGGGAAUCAGAUCCAGAAGUUGAUGUGCUUGGUGCACAUGUUGUCAUGACCCAAACCCUGAAAGACUUGGAGGAAAAUGGUCAGCCAGAUAUGGCACUCCAUCAGUUCCAUCAAAGGUUCUGCAAGUUCCUUAAUGAUGCCCUUCUGGCAUAUGGAUAUCAAGUCAAGUCAUGGAUCUCCCUCCCCACUGACUUCACAUUGAAACUGUGCUUGUGCUGA